AUGCGCUAUUGUGUCGGUAUCGUCGGCCGUGAUGCGGACGGUAGAGAAAUCAGAUGUAAUGAAAGAUUUCAUUCUCGUUGUCAUCUGGAGGGUCGUUCACCUAAUGGUAGCUGGUUCUGCCCGUUUUGCGUGGAUAUGCUUGUAAGUACGAAUUUGAAUUACGAAAACCCAUUCGAUGAAAGUAAAUUGUCGUAUCGAAGCAAAGUAUUGAUGAUUUUCGAUUGCGUUCGACAUCAACACGUUGUCGAAGGAGACAAUGAAGCCUACUUUCAUCGAAGUGGUAGAACAAGAUACGUCAGCAGGAGGUCAACUUCAUAUGUAUCUGGACCAUCUACUCGCCAUGGUGAGAUGACUGAAAGAAGGAAGUCGCCAUCAUGUGAGCCUGGACCAUCUAGACGCUUAUAUGAGCCGAAUGAACAAUCCUUGCGAAGACGACGUCAGACAUGCGUUGAAGAAGGUGGAUGGGAAACGGAAUCUGAAACAGAAGCAUCGUUCAACUCGUCUGGAAGUGAUGAGUCAGAUGGUGAAGAUAAUGAAAGCAUGAGGAGUGCUACGCCAUCUGAUAGUAACUCCGCAUCAGAAGGUGGAAAUGAUUGGAGUAUGAUCGAUGAUGUCGUUCUCUGUGAAGAACCACAACCAGGAUAUAGUGGCAACGGUUUCACAACAGUAUCGAGAAGCCGGAAACGCAGGAAGCGUCAAGGAAAGAAACGAUCACGGAAAGGAAAGAAGCGGUCACGCCGCACAAAGAAAAAAAAAUUACCAAAUGUUCGUCAACGUUUAGCGAGUAUAGUGGGACUGAAUAUUCGUACGGGUCGAGUUAAACGGCGUAGAGCGAUGCGAAGGGAAUCGUCCGAUGAACCAAGAAGUGAGACACGUAAUGUCGAUUUAUUGGACACUAUAAUGAUGGAACAAGCCAAAGUAUUGGCACCGUCAAAUUGUAGAGCAUUGACCAGAGAUGGUACCGUACGAGAAACGAAACUCAUGGCAGAAUACAUCAAAAAAGUGGACGAGUCAACUUCAAAUCAAGUGAAUUAUUAG